AUGGCGGGUAGAGCUUCCCAGCAGCUAGAUAUACCAAUGCUGAAAUCAUCUUCAUUGAUCGAUUCAGAAGUGAUGGUGACCAUAAACAAUCUACAAUAUCUGUUGAUUGAUUGCAAACCACAAUCCUUCCUCAACUUACACUCGGAUCGUGAGAACAUUGCAGCAUUCGUAGUUGUCUCUGUGAACAGUGGCGACAAAAUUGAUGAGAAAGAUCUCCAAAAAUUUCGUUCCAUUUAUCUAGACCCAGACGACAUCUUUCAACCGGCCUUUCUGAACCAGAUUGUCUUUCUAGGUGCAGAAGAGAAUGACAUCGAUUUGCAACCUUCUGCGCUUUCUCUUUUUGCCAAAUGGAAUACGAAAGAACGAUAUUUCGUGUCUUCUCAGAACAGAAAAGAUGAUAUUGCACCGGGUCCUUACAUUUUGUAUCGAGGUCGGAUCUACGAGCCUUGGAGAGUUUAUAAUGAUGAUAGCCUCUCUAUGAUGAUCUCAUUCAAGCCGAUGGGUGGAUAUGAGAAGAGACAAAUGCUUGCGGAGCUUGACAACACUUCUACUGCAAACCAAGUCCGGAUGGUUGUUCCCUCCCGGUCCUACUCAGUCAUAAAAAGCUCAGAUAAGCCUCUUUCGGGUGUCAGAAUAGCCGUGAAGGAUAUCUUCGAUAUCAAAGGGUUCAGAACCUCGCUUUGUAAUCGGGCAUGGACUGAAUAUCACGCUCCAAAAUCCGAAACAGCUCUUUCUGUUCAACGACUACAAGAUUUAGGUGCUGUGAUUGUUGGUAAGACCCGCUUAAAUGCAAUGGUAGUAAGAGAAGAAACCAUGGAAUGUGUUGAAUUUUUGGCUCCAUUUAACCCAAGAGGUGAUGGUUACCAGACUCCAUCUGGAAGCAGCACUGGUAGCUGUGUCGCUGUUGCUGCUUAUCCAUGGCUUGACUUCGCUCUUGGCUCUGAUACAAACGGCAGUUGUAGAAAACCUGCUUAUUGGAUGGGAUGCUUUGCCAUUCGUCCGACAACUGGGGCUCUAGAUACUCAUGGUGUUGCGUCUUUCUGCCCCUACUUCGACGUACCUGCCUUCUUUGGGAGAGACAUUUCUCGUUUUCGUGACUUUGCCAAUCUAUGGUAUGGCAGUUCGCCUCAAAUGGUAAAGUCUGGGGUAAAUUUGAAAGCUCCGACUACAAUUCUUUAUCCCCUCGACUAUCUUCCAACCUCAAGCAAAGCUCAAAUGGACUUGAUAGAUUCGUUUGUAGGAGAUCUCGAGGGAUUUCUCGGUGUUAGAAAAACUGAAAUAUCGUUGGCGGAAAUGUGGCGCAAUACCUCUCCGAAGUCUGCUGAAAACAUAGAACUAUCUGACUAUCUGGAAACUGCCGGAACACUCCCAUAUUACAAGGACGCAUGUGGGAAAUUAGAUGGGUUCGUCGAAGGGUACAAGAAGAAAUUUCAUAAAGCGCCGUUCUUUCAUCAGGCUUUACACUGGAGAUGGGAACAAGCAAAUAAGACCACGCCAGAGGCACGUGACGAAGGGUGGGAGCGCAUCUACACGUACAGGAAGUGGCUUCUCGCGAAUGUGUUCAAAGAUGGAGCCAUAGUAGUUCUUCCUAUUGAUGAGGGCAAGCCCAACAAUCGAGAGAACCCACCACCCCCCUUCGGACUAUUAAGUGGUUAUUCUCCUCUCUAUCUAUCACCAAUAGCAGGCACUCCUGAAGUGACUGCCCCAAUUGGUGAAAUCACAUAUUUUUCACAAGUAACACAGCGAGAGGAGCCGCUUCCUAUUAGCGUUUCAGUUGUAUCUUGUCCAGGUACGGACCUUGAUCUUAUCGAUCUUGUGCAUGAAGUCUUGAAGGCAGGAGGAAAGUCUGUGCGCGUUGCUGUGGGCAGGUCUAUUUUUGAGAAAUAA